UUUUAUUUUAAGCCAACCAACUGACAAAAAUGGUCUUCAAACUUCCCUUCAACCCCCCAUUCCUUCUUGAAAUCCCCAAUUUAGCCCUUGAUCAUGAUCAAACCUCGGUAGAGGGGUUCAUUUCCCCUUAGUUCUGUUGUUCGUCGUCAUAUGUAUUCAUUUGUUGUCAUCAGGUGUGUGAGCAUUUCUACUCCAGCAUAUAUGCUAGGGCAGUCGGACGUCCGACUAAAAGAAAUUCAUUGGAUGAUCUAUUUUUGCUAUAGCGGAUGUUCUCUCAAACCGUAUUGAUGAAAGGUUUCACAUAUCAGCUUUUCUCUAUGUCCUACCCCUGGGGAUUUUUUGGCUCUGCCAAGUCAUUUUACUUUGUGCGGGUUCUGUUGUGCGCUCUUUCCAUUCUUGCCACAUGUGGGCCACGUUCAGUGAAUGGAGAACAGGAUAGAUUGGGAUGCGAGCUAUGCGGGUCCUACAGAGGCAAUUCUGAUAUGAACUUUCAAGAUAUAUUUGAUGGUCAGAGUAAUUCUAAUUUUAUGUCGAGAAAUUUGCUACAAAAACAUAGACUUGACAAUGUAUGUGCGGAUUUCAAUGCAUUCUGUUCUCCAUCUACAUUGCCUGGAUAUUAUUCUAAAGAAAAUGAGGAUGAGUCUCUAGCAUUUGAUGUUUCUGAGAUUCAAUCCAAAAAUGGAUUGUCCGUGGGAUUGCAUCAGGAGAGAAGUAACUUAAGUCGGUCCUGUGGUAAUUUUAGGUUAUUGGGUGGAAAGACAAUUUGCUGUUCUCUGUUUUAUGAUUAUCAAAAGAAUUACUGUGAAUUGCCAAGUCACAGUAUUAAUCCCAGAAGCAGCCAACUAAGUGAUAUUUCUUCUUGGAGAAGGCCAUUACUCGAUCGUAAAACCCAGAAUUUUCAAUCAGGGGAGAAUAUUAGGAAUGCCAAAUCUAACUUUGUGGAUGGCUUGGCUAGACCUCAGGUGGAAAUAAAGCCUUCCUUAUUGGACUGGGGAGAAAAGCAUUUGUAUUUUCCUUCCUUAGCAUUUUUAACAGUGCAAAAUCUGGACAGUGACAGCAGUUUGAAUGUAUAUGAUCCAUUUAGUACCAAUUCACAGUUUUAUCCAUGCAACUUCAGUGAAAUGGUUCUGAUUCCAGGGGAAGUUGCUUCAAUUUGUUUUGUUUUUCUUCCUACGCAGUUAGGCUUAUCCUCAGCUCAGCUUGUCUUGCAAACAAGCUUUGGUGGGUUCGUGAUUCAGGCUAAAGGCUUUGUUGUCGAUUCCCCUUAUUGGAUAAAGCCGCCAGUUGGUGUUGAUGUUUCAUCAGGUGGAAGGUGGAGAAAGAAUUUGUCUUUGCUUCAUCGUUUCGAUGAAACCCUCUAUGUCAACGACAUAACUGCUUGGAUAUCCAUUUCCUCAAGAAAUGCUUUGUGCUCGGUAAAAGUUGUUUGUAGUAUCAACAGUAACGGAGAUACAAGUGAGUACAGUAUGUUGAGUAAUAAUGACUGGUUGGUUAUUGAAAGUGAGGAAGUUGAUGUACCAUUAAUUGCCAUGAAGCCACAUAUAAAUUGGGAGCUUAGUCCUCUUAAAACAGAGACCCUUAUGGAAUUAGGUCUUUCAAACCAUUCUGAAGGAAAGCUUUUUGGUGCUGUCUGUAUUAAGGUGCUUGGAUCUUCAAAAGAUGAUAUUGAUAUGGCUGUGGUUCCUCUUGAAAGAAAUUGGAGACAAAUAUCUUUAAGCAGCAUUAUGCAGCCACCACCAGAGAUAAAGGCAGUGUAUACAAGAGAAGCAGAUGAAUUGAUGCUCAGGAACUGGAAAUCUCAAGCUAGUGCAAGUUUCAUGUCUGUUCUUGAUGAUGAAGUACUGUUCCCGACAGUUCAGGUUGGAAGUCAUUUUUCUCAGUGGAUAACUGUCAAAAACCCAAGCCAAGAGCCAGCUGUUAUGCAGCUUAUUUUAAAUGCUGGGGAGAUCAUUGAUGAGUGCAGUAUACAUGACAUGCUCUUUCAACCCCCUUCAUCCAGUAGUUUAGUGGGUAAUAAAACAAUUGCUCCAACAAGGUAUGGUUUUUCAAUAGCGAAAAAUGCACUGACAAAGGCUUUUGUUUAUCUUUAUGGUAGAGCAUCAUUAGGACCAAUCCUCUUUCAAUCGUCUAAGCUAUGUGACUGGAGAAGUUCAGCUCUGAUAAGGAAUAAUCUCUCUGGUGUUGAAUGGCUUACUUUGAGAGGAUUUGGGGGGUUGCUUUCAUUGGCCUUGCUUGAGGAGUCUGAUCCUGUGCAGAGUUUAGAGUUUAAGUCUGACUUGCCAACUCCUCUUAAUUUCUCGUUACCAGAAACGUCACACUAUAUGGAGAACAGAAGUCUUUCCUGUUCUCAGCCUUUGACGAAAGAACUGUAUGCUGAGAACAUGGGAGAUCUUCCACUAGACAUCAGACGAAUUGAAGUUUCUGGGGCAGAAUGCUGUUUGAAUGGAUUUUCAGUACAUACAUGUGAACGUUUUUCUUUGCAACCUGGUGAAUUCUUAAAGCUUCAAAUAUCGUACAUAACUGACUUCUCUACAGCUAUAAUACAGAGAGACCUUGAACUGGUUUUGGCGACUGGUAUUCUUGUGGUACCCAUGAAAGCAAGUCUUCUGGUGUACUUGCUUAACUUCUGCGGAAGAUCAAUUUUCCGGACACGAGUGAAGAAAUCUAUGUUUGGGAUUCUUUUCACUGCUUCUGUAUUGUUUCUGCUGCUAUUUUUCUUGUUUCCCUAUGUAAUGGCCUUUGUCUCCCAAAAGAUCUUGCUUAAGAGUGUACAUUGCUCCAUGCUCACCUCAAACCAUGCAGUAAAAUCUUCACGUUCACAUCAUAAUCAUAAAAACAGUAGCAGGUUUUCCGUGUCUCCAGAAAUGAAUGAUUCAGUAAGAUCAAUUGCAGAAGAGGCCGUUCUAUUGAAAUCUGUUGGCAAAUAUUCCCACUGUCAAUCUAACAGCCCAGAAAGUGAGAAUGCUUCUGUGGGAAAUCGAAAGGAAAACAACCGGUUGUUGAACAUUCAGCUGGAAAACUUACAGUCAUCCGUCUCGCAGUCAAAAUCUGAGUCAGAUGAGUGCUCUGAUAUACGAGAUGCACCACAAACUGGAAACCUAUUGGUUAAAAUUGGGAAAGAGAGAGGAAAAGGUCGAAGGAACAAAAAGAAUACUAGUACAGGAGUAAGUGGACUCUUUGAAGUUUCAUGCAGUCAGAGUGGCAAUUCUACACCAUCGUCACCCUUGUUGCCCACCACGUCUUUAAUGCCUAAGCAGCCAUGUACCAUAUCCCCUGAAGUGAAACUUUCUACGGAAAGUAGAAAUCCCUUCAUUCAGGUUGCUAACAAGAAACGCAAGAAAAGUACAUGUUCUAAACCUUGUGCUAAGGCAAAUGCGUUGGGGCCUGAGGUUUCUUUGAACGACGGCAACAAAAACUGGUUUUUUUCUGCUCAUGAGAAUACUAAUUUUCCAAAAAAAGCUGCUGGCAGAGCUGUUCUGAUCCCUUCUGCCACCUUUCCUAGUGCUGUUAGGUCUGCCAUUCCUUCAGUGUGCUGUUCUCCCAUUUUGGCUUCUACAUCUACUAUAUCUCCCCAUGCGCGUGCUCCUGGACCCAGAUUCCACAAUCUGAAAACAACAGAGAAACAUGUGGAGAGUACCGGGAUGGAGGAAAAUUUUACUUACGAUAUAUGGGGUGAUCAUCUUUUUUGGAUCGAUAAGUUUAAGGUCUCUACCAUGUCACCCCAUGCCGUUGCCAUAGAGAAAAACUCAGAGAGCUUCUUUGUUAGGAGUCCUCAAACCCUCAUGACAAACUCUGAGCUACAAUCUGUAAGUUCUCCACCAGAGGGUUCAUGAUAAAUUAUUGGAUUUUAUUUCAAAUUUCCUUGCAAGUUGCAUCUA